GAGGGGCUGAGAGCACACAUCCAUGCUCUUGAUCAGCUGCCUUCAUAUUUCAUCUCUCUUGAGUUCUGCCAGUAAAUCCAGCCCAUUUGGACUGCUGGAUCUUUCCUAGCAGUUCGUUGGGACAUAGGCUUUGCCUCUUUUCCCUUAUAAAAGGGGAAGGAGUGAUAGAGAGAGAAGGGAAAUGGGUCGAGCUCCUCUUUCUUCUUCAUCAAGUCAAGUUGGGAUUCCCAAAGCUCUGACAAUGAGGAGGAUUUUGUUCCUCUUUGCUGGUUUGACUCUCUUGGCUGGACCGUGUAUCGCGAGUUCCAGCGGGAAAGAAUUUGUCACCGCUUUCAUGACCAACCUCAAGCAAUCCAAACGUAAUUCUCACUUUGAGCUGGUCAUCACUAGAUAUCACCCUGCUACCAAAGUCAUAGUGAAAACAUACAGGGAUAACAACCAGCAUAGCGUCACCGUCAGAGAAGGGGAAACAUUCCAGCUUCCAACAUCCAUAGAGAUGUUGGGGACUGAUAUCUUUGAUGGGGCUGUACAGAUCACAGCAGACAAAGACAUCUCGGUCUUAUCUCGCAGCCGGAAGGAUGACACAACUGGUGCCACAGUCAUAUACCCAGUCGAGCAGUUGGGCACAUUGUAUUAUGUGGUGACCCCAGAGGGAGACAUGGCAAAUACUUUCAAGGAGUUUGCCGUUGUACCUUAUAAGACUCCCACUAGUCAGUGUCGACAAUACUGGGCUAGACGGAUCCAUGGUCUGAGUCAGUACAAGGCAGCUUCCUAUGCACCUACGUUCUUCUAG